CUCUCCCCCAAGAAGUCCUCGCACGAAGAGAAGGCGAGGACAUUCACGCCCCCGCACGCCAUGGCCAACGGGUGUAUCCUUCCCGGCCCGGCUACCAGCGGCACCGGUUCCCUCAAAGUGAUGGGGACUACGGACGUAAAGGCCCGGACGGAGAAGUCCGGACGACCGGCUUGGUGGUGCAAGUUCGACAAGCUUGUCGUGUUCGAUGGCGUGGUUGUCGACGACGAGAGCGGCGAGACGAAGUUCCUGACGAGGACGAGCAAGGGGCUUACGAUUGCGAGGAGGAGGGGCGAUUGCGAAACUGUGGUUGUGCCGAUGGAUUGUCAGCACUGCUGCGAGAUGCUGAAUCGGACGGAGUGGAAGUACGAUGUCAGGGUUUGCAAGAGGAGCGUGUGCUGGGAUUGCAAGGAGAGGUGUCGGUGGGAGAGUGAGAAGGAGGUGGAGGAGCAGACGCCUGAGGUUGUGGUCGUGAAGAUGGAGGCGAAGGUCGAGAGUGCGAGAGAUCGCGCGGACAGCGUGUUACAGGAGGAUGAUAUUCGGGAGACGGAGUUGAUGUUGAAGAUCGGGAUUGAAACUCCUCCGAGGAGCCCCUUUGAUAUGGUCGGUGGCAUCGAGGAGAGGAUG